AUGUAUCUACAUACAUAUACGCAGAUUCUAUCUAUCUAUCUAUCUAUCUAUCUAUCUAUCUAUCUAUCUAUCUAUCUAUCUAUCUAUCAACUUAUCCAAUAUCCUUCAAUAAUUCUCUCCUUAAUUUAUUUUUGUUUUUUAUCUUCUUCACUGAAACCCUGCCCUGACUCUUUUGGCACUCCCUCCCUCACAUCAUAUCUUUCUCCUCCCCACCAAGCUUCGUCACAUCAGAUCCCCGCCACAUCCAACUUCGCUUUAGACCCAUCCCCCCACCACUACAUAACUUCUUUCCACUCACCUCCUUCUAACCCUCUCAACUCACAAAGCCUGGGAAUGAAGACCAUCCGGGCUGCCUUUCUCUUUCCACGAGGAUGGAAACUACCAAAUAUGGCAAUAGAAAUGUUCGUUCUGACUGUGACGACUGUCGUCACCACCACCACUACCAACACUACCACCACCACCACCACCACCACCGCCGCCGCCGCUGCUCUGGUUUUACUCUCUCUCCAUCUAUCUAUCUAUCUAUCUAUCUAUCUAUCUAUCUAUCUAUCUAUCUAUUUGUCUUUGUCCCUUUCUGUGUGUAUCUAUUUCUCUCUCUCUCUCUCUGUAGUCUUUUACAGUUUUGGAGUCUUCCCUUUUUUCUUUCCGAUUCCUUCGUUGUAUUCUUUUCUUUCUGAGACAAUUUUACUUCCGAACCUUCUUUCUGGACAUUAUUUCAAAUUCCAGACCCCCCCUUCAAAUUCUCACACUUCUUAUCUUUCCAUUAUAUUUAUCUCCUUUCAAAACACCCUAAUUCUAAAUUAUGAUUCUAUCUAUCUAUCUAUCUAUCUAUCUAUCUAUCUAUCUAUCUAUCUAUCUGUCGAGAGAGAUAGAGAGAAAGAGAUUUACUAA